CGCUGCUCGCCCAGACAAGAUCUGUGUCUCCGCAGUGCUGGUUGCCUACGAGGAGUGCGUUUGAUUGUUGCAGGGCUCAAUGGCGGACGUAGCAGGGUAGUCGCGUACAUCACCGAGGACAAUAACAUCUCCGCCGUGUUCAUUCCGUGCCGCCCGGUGCACGGCGCGAUUUCCAGUUAGCGGUGUGUUUAGCGGUACAUUUAGCGGCCGCCAUCGGCUGUUUACCUCCUCCCUUGUUUGUCUUUUCGGACUUUCGAGUUCGCCUCCGAGCGAGGAAGUUAACACCGUUCGUUCAUGCUGGCUCCAUAGAGGCAGCUAGUUUGCGGGCAAAACAUGGGGGAGUCUCUUGAAUUGAUCGGGAAGCGUCUACUCUUGCUCCUCGGCGACGGCGGGGCUGCCAACGGAUCCGAGUCGGAGCACACGCCGCGAGCCCGGGACUGGCUGCGGGGGACGGUGCGGGCGGUGAGCGUCAUCGGCCUGGCCGCCCCGGAGGCUAGCGGAGGAGAGCCGACAACAACUCCUGCUGCGGGACUGACGGUGUUUGUGGAGUUUGAGAAUGCGUCGCAACGGUGUUCGUGGGUGCAGGUGUACGAUGAUGCCGUUAAGGCUUUGUUAGUGGAAGAUUCAAUCGUUUGGGCCAACCGGAGUGCUGCUUCUGCGUCUUCCGGCUCAAGCGCAGCCUGGCCUGCUCUGGCGUUCCACUCAAUAGUGGACAGAGUGGGUUUAGGAUCCAUGUUUCCGGUGCAGUAUUUUGGAAGCAACAAUCUUGAGUUCCUUCCUGAUAAAAAGUCUAUCCACAGGUUUGAGGUUGAAAAAGAUAUAAGACAUCCCCUGCUGUUGGAGCAGCCCUCUGUGCAAACUGCCAUUUCCAGCUGGCGAAGUGAUUUUGAACUGCAAGAGAUUCUCAGGAAGGGUUCAUACACAAUUCAAGGACGAAGGGUGUGCGUGUACCAGCCAGAGCUUGAGGAAUGCUGGGCCCUGGGACUAGUCUCAAAGCAUGACCUGAUCUCACACACAAUGGAGAUUAUGUUGGAUAAGAAUAAAGAAAAGCAGCUGGUGGACCCCCGCGUCAUACAUGUCAUGCUGGGGGAUGAAGAGCUUGGCAAGAAUGGCCGCCGAAAGAUGGACAGUGAAACAUUGAAGGGUGAUAACAGUCGCAGACGCAGAACUGCCUCUGAGGAGGAAGACAUGAACUUGAAGCGUUUUAAAGGAGCGGGAGAAUUGGGACCCGACGAGCAGAGAUGUGAUGAUUCUAACAAAAACUUGACGGACGGGGCAGAUGUGUGCAGAGGAGACUCUGGUGAAAGAGUCAGCAGUACAACCAAAAAUGGCGGCACCUUGGAGGCAAGCUUUCUUCAAGGGAAAGUGUCACCCCCCGCCAAUUCCUCUGUCCAGAUGGACCAGUCAAAUGCCAACCCAACACGUUAUUACGCCCAUGUGAAAGAAAAUGGUCGGAUGCUCGCCACACAAGGGGCAGCGGACUCAACCACCUCAGUUUCUCAUACUCCAACCCCUCCUCCCCUCAAACCAGCACCCUCUCCCUUCUCCGCCACCUCUUUCCCCUCUUUAGGCCAGAUGCCAAGCCUGGUCCCGGGAGCCCCGGUCCACAAGGCUUCACCAUCCCAACAACCAGUCAGAGAAGAUGCCUCCAAAUCCUUUUCCAAAACUGCAGCCCUUGUUUCCCCCGGGCCUGUCACCAUUUCUUGGUCUUCGCCCGACAACAGCCCGAGUGUGGCGCUGUCUGCCUCUGGAGGCUUUAUUGCAAAGGCUCCCGCUUGGGGAAGCCAGACGGAGGCAACUAAGACUGCAUUGGGUUAUCGGCUUCCAGCAGCUGUGCCUGCUGCUCCUGUUUUUGGAGAGGUUACCUCACAGACCAACGGAGCCGUGACUGCUUCUGCAACCUCCAAGGACGCUUCUAGACCCUUUGGAUUUGGCUUUGGUAGAGAUAAGACUGAGACUCAAUCCAAACAAGACCAAAAUUUGUUUUUCCAGUGCAUGACAAAUAGUCCUGACUCCAACCCAGGCCUAGCUGGUGCUCAAAGCCAGCCCAAGGACACAAAUUACUUUGCUGCCGUGUCAGAAACCCUUAACAAGGAACCCCCAAGCCUUUUCAAGUCUGCUACAGAAGGGAUGAAAAAGCCAGAGCAGACCAAAACACUUGACGUUCAUCCAACAGGUAAUGGUGUGCUGAGCAACUCUUCACCAGCCUUUCCGGGCCUGGGUAGCUCUUCUGCUGGAAGGGGAUCUGCCAUUGGGGCUCCUGCAGCAGCAUCUGGACUACCAAACCCAUUGAAGAGUUGUAAUAACGGUACCUUGACAGGGGCCGUGGUGAUGCCGUCUAAUUUUAAUCCCUCAGAGAGCCAUCAGAACCUCUUUCUGCAGGGCUCGAAAGAGCCAGCGAAUCCGUUUUUGGCCUAUGGGGACAAAAACAUACACACGUCAUUUGUUGGACUCCCCAGAGUUGAGUGCGCCUCGGACAACAAGCCCAAUCUUUUCACUAUGGCAGAGCCACCUAAGGGAAUUCUGUCCUCCCCUUUUGCUGCACUCUCAUCUGCUGCUUCCCCCAGCGCUUCAAUCUGUUCACCACCAACCACCACCCAAAGGGCGCAGAAUGAAGACACGCAGAUAAAAGAAGAAAAGGCAGUUGGGGAAAUGCCAUCAUCCACUUCUGGCAGCUCUGUUUUUGGUACAGCUGGUCCUGCCAGAGCAGGCAACGCUGUCUUUGGAACAUCUGGCCCCGCUAGAAUGGAUCAGCUGUCUGUGUCUUUUGACCAUAACCCCACUCAGAAGUUUGCCUUGGAGGAAAGAGCACAAUCAACCAAGCGUGACUCUGACCUAAGCAGUAACAGCGACCUGUCAGACCUGAGUGAGAAUGAGGAGGGUCCAGACAAAGGCCAAGCCCAUGGAGAGUCAUCACAGUCUGGGAAGGAUGGAGCCAUGAUGCAAAAAGCUAAAAUCCAAGGCGCUGGUAAAAGCCGUCCACGAAAUAAGCCUUUCAAAGUGGGCCAGUCUGUACUGAAAGACCAAAGUAAAGUGCGCCGUCUUAAGCAGUCUGGCGAGUCCUUCCUCCAGGAUGGCUCGUGCAUCAAUGUGGCUCCUCACUUGCACAAGUGCCGGGAGUGUCGCCUGGAGCGCUACCGUAAAUCUCGCAUUGCUGAUGAUGAUAGUGAGGAUGACGAUGAUCCAAAUGUGGCUUGUCGUUUCUUUCACUUUCGAAGGUUGGCUUUCACUCGUAAGGGUAUGUUACGUGUUGAAGGUUUCCUAAGCCCCCAGCAGAGUGACUCAAUGGCAAUGGGUCUGUGGCUACCUGCACCCACUGUACAAGAGGGGCUCGACCUUGAUACAUCCAAGUAUAUCCUGGCCAAUGUGGGUGACCAGUUCUGCCAGCUGGUGAUGUCCGAGAAAGAGGCCAUGAUGAUGGUGGAACCUCACCAGAAAGUAGCAUGGAAACGUGCUGUACGAGGGGUGAGGGAAAUGUGCGACGUGUGUGAGACCACUUUGUUCAACAUCCACUGGGUGUGUCGCAAGUGUGGCUUUGGUGUGUGUCUGGACUGCUAUCGGCUUCGCAGGAACAGACCAAGAGAUGAUUUGGAAGAUGGUCCGGUGGAUGAUGUUUUCUCUUGGUUGAAGUGUGCAAAGGGCCAACCUCACGAGCCAGAGAACCUCAUGCCGACACAGAUUAUCCCUGGGACAGCUCUUUACAACAUAGGUGACAUGGUGCACUUAGCAAGAGGCAAGUGGGGUAUUAAAGCCAACUGCCCCUGUGCCAGUCGGCAUACUAAAUCCCUUGUCCGCCACAGUGCCCCCAACGGGAUUACCCAGACAACGCCAAACAAUGGUGGCAUCCCUGGAGCUACAGCCUCCGCUGUUGGCACAACUCCAAAGUCAGAAAGCGAAACAUCAACUCUCAAAACUGAAAUUACACAAACAGCGGUAUCGUCCAGUGGCGGGAUAGGGGAAAGUGUGGGCAGCACCAGCAACUCCACUAGUGGUACAUCAUCCCUCAGUAACCUUGCACAGUCCUCCUCCAAGGAAUUACGGCCAUCAGGAGAGGCCAACAGCUCUGCUCUGCACUGGCUUGCAGACUUGGCCACACAGAAAUCCAAGGAUGACACAAAAGAAUCUGGUUCACUUCGCGCCAUUAUGAAUCGAGAAAGUCGACCUCCUUUUGGUUUGGACUCACUCGGUGCCCUGUCAAGGCCUUCAGCUUCCAGCCCCAAGCUCUUUAACAGCCUUCUACUGGGCUCCAGCGUGACGCAGUCCAAACCUGAAGGUUCUAGUCUGCGGGACCUGCUCAACUCUGGACCUGGCAAGCUUUCCCAAGGACAUGGAGAGAGUGUAGUACCGUUCCCAUCCGUCUUUACCUCUGGAGGCAGUGACAAACUGAAGAGCAGCCUUCCCAACUUCUUGGACCACAUCAUUGCCUCAGUUGUGGAGACGAAGAAAGCAGAAGGCCGCCGUACCGGAGCCUCUGAGGGAAGUGAGCUUGGUGUGUUGGGUGCCCGCAAAGAGGGAAUCAUGGGGCUCAGUGUUUUGGAGCCACACACCUCGCACUCCUGGCUCUGUGAUGGGCGUCUCCUUUGCCUCCAAGAUCCCGGCAAUAGCAACAACUGGAAGAUCUUCAGAGAGUGCUGGAAGCAGGGACAACCUGUCUUGGUGUCAGGCAUACAUAAACGACUGAAAGCUGAGUUGUGGCGUCCUGAGGCCUUUAGUGAGGAGUUUGGGGACCAGGAUGUCGACUUGGUCAACUGCAGGAACUGUGCCAUCAUUUCUGAUGUGAAAGUGCGAGACUUUUGGGACGGCUUCCAGAUCCUCUCCAAGCGACUGAAAGACAGUGAAGGUAACCCAAUGGUAUUGAAAUUAAAGGAUUGGCCUCCAGGAGAAGACUUCAGGGAUAUGAUGCCCACACGGUUUGACGAUUUAAUGGAGAACCUUCCCUUACCUGAGUAUACUAAAAGGGAUGGCCGGCUAAACCUUGCUGCCCGUCUGCCUAACUUUUUUGUACGACCAGAUCUUGGACCCAAGAUGUACAAUGCUUAUGGACUGAUCUCGACAGAAGACAGGAAGGUGGGCACCACCAACCUCCAUCUUGAUGUGUCGGAUGCCGUCAAUGUCAUGGUUUAUGUCGGAAUACCUCAAGGAGAAGGAGACCUGGAGAAAGAAGCGGAUAUCAAUGGACGCAAAGAGGUCAUGACCACGAUUGAGGAGGGAGAUGUGGAUGAAAUGACAAAGAGGAGGGUGUACAAUGGAAAUGAGAAACCCGGAGCUCUCUGGCACAUCUAUGCGGCCAAGGACGCAGAGAAGAUCAGAGAACUCCUCCGCAAGGUUGGAGAGGAGCAGGGUCAGGAGAACCCGCUCGACCAUGACCCCAUUCAUGACCAGAGCUGGUACUUGGAUCAGGUUCUCCGCCGCAGACUCUUUGAAGAAUAUGGCGUGCAGGGCUGGGCCAUUGUGCAGUUCCUGGGUGAUGCUGUUUUUAUCCCUGCUGGAGCACCACACCAGGUGCACAACUUGUAUAGUUGCAUCAAGGCGGCCGAGGACUUUGUGUCUCCAGAGCAUGUGAGGCACUGUUUCCGAUUGACGCAGGAGUUCAGACACCUUUCUACCACUCAUACGAACCAUGAAGACAAGCUACAGGUGAAAAACAUCAUUUAUCACGCGGUGAAGGACGCCGUCGGCACACUGAAGUCCCAUGACCCGAAACUAGCCCGCCCGUAGUCACUGACCCUUGUGCCGUACAGGAUGACUAGCCUCUCAAGACCACUUCACUACAUAAGAUCUCUACAUGCGCAUACACAUUAUAUAUACGUUAUAUACACACACACACACACACACACACACACACACACAUACAGAUACACACUCAAACUGCAGAUUUAAGGCAUCAAGUGUAGUUUUCCAGGGGCAGUGACAAUUUGGAUAUGGUGGAAUAGAAUGUCGAAUUUGGGAGAAGGGUUCAACCUGGUUCAGUUGCUUGUCAGCGCCAAUGAAGGAAGUCCUUUACCGCUGUGCACAGUACGCGCAAACUUGUCUUUUUUUGUUUCUUUGUUUGUUUUGAUUAAGGCUGUAUUUAAGGUCAAUGUGUUUUGUCGUUUCCAUUGUAUAUGUAUGAUGUGCAAGCAAGGGAGGUAAAAGCUGACGUGCCUUCAAAGCAGAUGUUCAGCAACCAUAUAAGAAACUGCGCGUUCCAGACUCAUGUUUCUAUUUUACUGACGUCAGUGUAUUUCAAUAGAUGCAAGGUUAACCUGUUUUUGUAGAUUUUUGUUGUUGUUGUUGUUGUCGUUCUUGCAGUUUUCAAACUGGGUGCUCCUACACUCAGUGGCUGAAAAUGUAUUUGUGAAGCAGCCAGUGAAGGAAGCAGACCAAAGUUUUGUAUUUUUAGUUUUCACUUUAAGGAGUCGUUUCUUUUGUACACCUCUUUAUCAUUGCACAAGUAAUGAUUAGGAGGAUUUCAUAGAAGAGACUUUUUUGGGUUACUUUGUUUCACAGGCUGAAUAACUGCAGAUUUCCAACAACAUUGUUCGAAAAUCACAUUUGCAGCUGAACAGAACUACUGGCCAUUAACAUUGUAUCAAUAUAUAUUGAUCUUAGCAGUCUGUUUGAUUUUUCACAAUAAAGUCAAGAAAAAUGGCA